AAAUUGCCGUCUUCUUUCUCCCCCCAAUUUUACAAGCAGCCAUUAAUUUUUGCUUUUCCAAACAUACCCCCAACUGAGAAACAAUCCAAAACAGGCAACGGAAAAAGCACACAGUCACACAGUAGUAAGUCAUAACCUUCCAGGCUUCCACCUCCUCACACACACACACACACACACUAACAAACCCUUUCAAAAACCUCCAAGAAAUUCCAAUUUCCCAAAUUCACUUUAAUUCAAUCUCAUUUCAAUCACAUCUGGAUUUCUUCAAUCCUUCAAUCGCAAUUUGGCCCAAGUCAAAACGCAUCCUGGAACAAUUUACUUUACCUAUAAAUAGGCGCACAUAUUUUUUUUCUUUUUCCAGUCUAAUUGAGUCUGCAAUUCAAGAUUAAUGCCAAGUAAGGGAGGGUACGCGGCGGCGGCGCUGCCGCCGCGGCAGGGCGGGGACAGGUUCUACAACCCGCCGGCGGUUCGGCGCCAGCAAAUACUUUUGCAGCAGCAGCAGCCGCAAGUGAUGCAGGGGCAAGUGCUUCAACAACAGCAGCAGCAAGAGCAAGAGCAACAAUUGCCGCAGCAGAAGCGGAAAAUGCAGCGGAUGGGGAGGGCGAAGGUGAAGGCGGAGUCUGCUUCCUCCACGUUGGCGGUGGAGAAGCCGGCCGAUGUAGAUGAUUCAUCAGUGGUGGCUGCAUUGACCGUGCCGCGUUCUGUUAGCCCUGCUUCGUCUUUGAAAGUCACCAACUUAGAUCGUUUGAUGGAAUCUGUUACUCCAUUCAUCGAGGCGCGUUAUUCGUCAGAGGUGUAUGCAAGGGGAUUCAGGACCACGGAGGUGGAUUCACAUACUUUUUUUUACUUGGAAGAUCUAUGGGAAUCUUUUAGUGAAUGGAGUGUGUAUGGAAGAGGAGUACCUCUUUUGUUAUACGGAAGAGACCCUAUCCAACAAUACUAUGUUCCGUUUCUAUCUGGCAUACAGUUGUACAUUGAUCCAUCAAGGGCUUCUACUCGAACUAAUGGAACCACUCAGGAGCACGCCCACUUACGUAGGUUGAUGAGUACUGUUGGCAGCGGCAACUGUGAAAGAGAUAGGGAUGCUAAUUAUGUUUUUGAUUUGAACUUACAACAUCUAAGUAGUAGGUUCUCAGUGGGAGAUGGCGUAAGUUCUAAAGCUGAUACUGCUGAUUCACCUGGCCUACCAUUAUUUCAGUUUUUGGAACACGAACAGCCUUACAAUCGUAGACCGUUAUCUGAUAAGAUAUCAUUACUUGCUUCUCAGUUUCCCGAGCUUAGUAAGAUCAGGAGCUGUGAUCUGCUCCCGACAAGUUGGAUUUGUGUUGCUUGGUAUCCCAUUUAUAGAAUCCCAGUCGGCCCAACACUGCAAGAUUUGGAUGCAUCAUUUUUGACAUUUCAUUCCUUAUCAACACAGUCUAGAAGUAGAACCCCACCACCUCAGUUCCAUCAAGCAAAUACUAGAACUGGUCGUGGCUUUGUUGAUCCAACCGCUAGAAUUUCCUUACCAGUCUUUGCCCUCGCUUCUUACAAACUUAAAGGGUCGAUUGUCAGUCCUUGCGGACCUCAAGAAUGUGAGCAAGAGAACAGUCUUUUGCAAGCUGCAGAGGAUUGGCUUAGAUGUUUGCAGGUUAUGCUGCCUGAUUACCAAUUCUUCCGUGCUCACUCUCAAUGGAGAUGACCGGGGCUCAAAUCUGAGCACCCAUUCUGAUGUGUCAUGUUUUGAAAAAGACGCUCUAGAAUAUACAUCCCCUUCUCCUGACCACCAAAUAUCCAGGUAAAAAAAUGUUGUGCAGUGUUGUUCUAGCUGUUUGGAAGGUUGUUAGUUUUGUAUAAUUACUUGAAAAAAAAAGCCCCCCGAAAAGAACAAAAACUAUGUUCUUGAUAGAAUAGCAUAAAGGAUGCGGCAUUUUGGCCGCGAGUUGGGUCGAUUCACAGAGAUGAUACACAGUUGAAAGUUGUUAACAUGGGAAUGGUGAGAUAUAUGUAAGUUGUACCCUUAGAAUGGAUAUAAAGCUGAAACAUACAUGUGUAGAAUCUGUUGUUUG